UGGAAAUGAAAAUGGUGCCGGCGGUGAAAAUGGUAACUCAAAUGGUAAUGCCAAUGGUAAUGACAAUGGCGCUGAUGGCGUUAAUGGUAAUGCCAACGGAAACGAAAAUGGAAACAAUAACGAAGGUAGCGAAAGUGGGAACUCCAAUGGGAACCUCAACGGAAAUGACAACCAAGGAGGUGAAAACGGAAAUAAUAAUGGAAAUGCUAAUGGAAACAACAACGUAGGCGACGAAAAUGGAAAUAAUAAUGGUAAUGCCAACGGAAAUGAUAAUGAAGGUGGCAUAAAUGGAAAUAACAAUGGAAAUGAAAAUGGAAACAACAACAUUGGCGACAAUAAUGGCAAUUGGAAUGGAAAUGAAAACGGAAACAACAAUGAAGGUGGUGAAAAUGGUAACAACAACGGAAACAACAAUGGCAAUGGCAAUGUUGGUGACAAUAAUGGCAACAGCAAUGGCAACGCCAAUGGAAAUAACAAUGAAAGUGGCGAAAAUGGAAACAACAACGGAAACAACAACGGCAAUGGCAAUGUUGGCCACAAUAAUGGCAAUUGGAAUGGAAAUGAAAACGGAAACAACAAUGAAGGUGGUGAAAAUGGUAACAAUAAUGGUAACGGAAAUGGAAACUACAAUACCGGUGACAAUAAUGGAAACAAUAAUGGUAAUGGCAAUGCGAUAACGACAACAAUACUUCAAGUGGAAAUACCGACAAUUCUAUUAUUGUAAUCAAUGACAGCAGUUACAACGGUAAUGGAAACAACAACGGAAACAACAACGGCAAUGGAAACACUGGCGACAAUAAUGGAAACAACAACGGAAACAACAACGGUAAUUACAAUGGUAACAACAAUAACAACCAAAACAAUAAUUACAAAAACAAUGUUGACAAUGGUUAUACCAUAAUCAAUGACAGCAGUUACAAUGGUAAUGGUAAUAACAAUGGUAAUGGCAAUGGUAAUUACAAUACCGGAAGUGGAA